GGUGUGGUGUCCCUGGUCUUCCACGUCGGCUCGGCCUGGAUCAGGGAGUUGGGGGCGGCCGCUCGUGUGCAGCGAGGCCUGCUCCCGACGUCAUCUGUGGGGGAGCGGGUGCCCGCCCCGCCAGCGCGGGGUGAUCCUGCGGCCGCGGCGCCACCCGCCCCCUCGCUGGCCCAGGAGCAGAGCGCGGAGCUGGAGGCGGCCAGGGUCGACUUCCACUGGGGCGACGGGGUCUCGUUCACUGACUCUGCCGUGCCAGGUCGUGGGUCGGCCGUGGGGGUGCACUACGGCGCUGGCGAGCUGGACGGGAGGCUCGUCGGCUCCCUCGUCGAGUACGGUGAGCUUGCGGUCGUGUCGCCCGACUUCGACGUCUGCGAGAGAGACCCGAGCCUCAACAACGGCGGCCGGGAGGGGAUCCGUUUCUUGUGUUCGGUCAACGUGUGGCCGCGAGGGGUCCCCGCUCUCGGCUGUGUGCUCUACACCUUCGCGACGCUCCUGCCCGCCAGGGUCAACGAGCUGUCAGCAGAGGCGGACCAGGUGAGCAACCUGGAGCAGGCUCAGCGCGGCUCCCCGCUGGAGGGCGAGGCGGCCCGAGCACCAGGAGUCAUCGCCGUGGUGUGGACGCCCUUGCCCGCACUGGGCCCUACGCCUGGAGCUCCCCGUCUCGCCCCGACAGAUGGGGCGUGGGUCGCCGCGGAGCUGCUUGGGAACCACGACAUCCGCGAGGAGUCCGCGCUGCCUGCGGGGGCUGAGGGGCUGGGGUUCCGCGACCUCGUGGUGAUCGACGGGGGCGUCGCCGUGCUCGAGCAGCUGGGUGUGGGGUCCGACCUCACUCGCUGGGGGCUGGCGCAAAGCAACUCUCUCUGUGAUGACCCGAGGAUCCUGGCGCGGUCCCCGACGGAGCGGCCCCUGGCCGACGCCGCGCCCUCGAUGACGGCGUGCCCAAGGGAGGAGGACGCGGUCCUCCAAGGGGCGAUGCUGCUCGUGGCGGUGGUGGACGGGCUCAACGAGAAGAACCUCGUCGAUGGCGAGCUCCUCCUGAGGCGGAUCCCCGAGCAUGGGGAGGCCGCGGAGGAGAGCCUCGAGACGCAGGCGGCGGUGCCAGUAGCCGCCCCCGUCUCUGACAUGAUGGCUGGCGUGAGGAAGGCCCGGUUGCACCUCAAGCGCUGGAACGCCGUCCAGUCGGCGGCGCAGGAGGCGGUCGACGGCGUGAACUUGCUCUUUGGGUGCCACCCGCAGGAGCUGUUGGGGCCGACGCUGCGUGACGGGGCUGAGGCUGUGGGCGGCUGCAAUCCUGUGCAUAGUGCCAUUCACCAGCACCUGUUCUCCACCAUCGCUUCGGGCAUGCCCGACCAUGUACAAAGUGACCACGCCUCUUUCCGUGAGUUGGCUGGAGUGAAUGCAGAUUACGAGAUGCUUGCAUGCGCGGUCGAGCCCUAUGACCCGACGAAGGUGCCCCUGCCAGAGGGGCAGGUGUCGCCCGUCGUCUUGGCUGAUUUUGUCUCCCCCGAGCUCGGCCGUAGCCUCGACCUUGACAACAUCUUGGCCGAUGCCGACGUGGGCAAGAUUACACCUUUCUUCGUGAAAGCGAAACAGGGCCCUCAACGGCUCGUCCUGGACUGCCGAAGGGUCAACCAGAUGUUCCGUCACCCCCCUAAGCCUGAGAUGAGUUCGGCCGAGAACAUGCAUGGGCUCGAGGCGCCAGACGAGGCGUCGCCUGUCUUCGUCGCCACGGGCGAUAUACAUAAUUGCUUCUACCAGUGCGGGGUACCGUCUGCGCUGAGCGAAUACUUCAGCUUCGAAGCCGUGGCUCUGCAUGCCGAGUUGCUCCGCGAGGCAGGGUUCGGCCAGGAUUUGAUAAUGUCGAAUGCUUGGCUCGCCCCCCCCCACCCCCCGUUGACCGACGACCCAGUUGCCCCACCGUAUUGCGACAGCCUCGCUGUCUUCGGGAUGUCCAGGGAGCGCGUCGACCAGCGACUUCGUGAGCUCAUCGGGGUGUUCGAGGGGGAGGGCUUCGUGCUUCGCGAGAUCUCCUGGGCCUCAACAUCUUCGGAUAUCCCGGGCACCGCCUUUGACGGGGUCCGUGGGUCGAUCUCUGGGAAGACCCUGGAGCGCCUCCUGGGCCACUACGUCGUCGAGGCCCUCAACCAGCGACCCGCGCUGUCGGUCCUGCGGGCCUCCUACGCCUUCACUCGGGACUGUUACUGGACCCCGAGGCCCCUGUGGGGCUCUGUCUGCCGUGAGCUCCUGGUCUGCUCCAGCCUGGUCCCCCUGCUCUCGGGCAACUUUGGACGCCCCUGGUCUACUUCUGCGCUGGCGACAGACGCCUCGGGGAGUGGGUGGGGCGUGAUGGAGGCUGGCUUCGACGGUAAGGACGUGAAGGAGAUCGGGGGGUGGAACGAGCGCUGGAGGUACGAGCGCGCGCCCCCGUCGGAGUGGGCGCCACGUCGACGUGCACCGGCGGCCGAGCUCGACCCCCUCGUCGACCCUGUGACGUCCGAGGCGGGCCCUUGGGACCUCGACGUGCUCGGCGGGGCCCCCUCGAAGUUCGCCUGGCGGCCUCGAGCGGCCGACCCUGAGAUUCCGAAGGCCGCGAUCCUGGGGCGUUCCUGGAAGUGCUGGAGGGCGUGGAGGUGCAGGCUUGAGGAGCCGAUCGGUAACAAGGAGGGUAGGGCCGUCAUCAGGGGAAUGAGUCUGGAACUCCUGGACCCCUGCCAGCACCGCAAGAGGCGCCUUGUCCUUGUCGACAACUUCGGCGUGCCCCUUUGUUUCUCAAGGGGGCGCGCGGCCUCCUUCGGGCUCCUGCAACUGGUCCGCCGCCUGGCUCCCCUCUCGAUUGCCGCGGGCGCAUGGGUGGCGCUCCGUUGGAUUCCAAGCGAGUGCAACCCCGCCGACGAGCCGUCCCGCCUCUUCGAGAAGGCUAAGGAGGCGCGGGCGACGCUGUGUGAG